GCGGGCUUAAGCUUCGUGGCACUGUCAGGGGGCGGGGACUGUUAGUUCCGACAGGAAAACUAAAGAAAGGCGAGGAUCUCUAAUAAAACGGUAAAAUAACGUUUACGGGACUAGCUACUCAGAAUAAUACAAAGAUGGCUGCAAUCAGAAAGAAACUAGUGAUAGUCGGCGAUGGAGCCUGUGGCAAGACCUGUCUCCUCAUAGUGUUCAGCAAAGAUCAGUUCCCUGAGGUUUAUGUGCCCACCGUGUUUGAAAACUACGUGGCAGAUAUUGAGGUGGAUGGUAAACAGGUGGAGCUGGCUCUGUGGGACACAGCGGGUCAGGAGGAUUACGACCGACUGAGGCCUCUCUCCUAUCCAGACACAGAUGUCAUCCUCAUGUGUUUCUCCGUCGACAGCCCUGACAGUUUGGAGAAUAUUCCAGAGAAGUGGACUCCUGAGGUCAAGCAUUUCUGUCCCAACGUGCCCAUCAUUCUUGUGGGGAACAAGAAAGACCUGCGGAAUGAUGAGCACACGCGUCGAGAGUUGGCGAAGAUGAAACAGGAACCGGUGAAGUCAGACGAGGCGAGGGACAUGGCUCACCGGAUCAACGCCUUCGGUUACUUGGAGUGCUCGGCCAAGACAAAGGACGGCGUGCGGGAGGUGUUUGAGAUGGCCACCAGGGCGGCGCUGCAGGCCAAGAGGCGAGGCAAGAAGGGCGGCUGCCUUCUGCUAUAGAGUGUCAGCUCACACAGGAUUGGGAGGGGCGGGGGCAAACAAAAACCAGGCCAAGAAAAAUAUAUAUGGGCACAACUGUAUGGCGCGUUACAGGGAUGAGCGAGAAAAGUCAAAUCAGGCUAAAGGGGGAAAAAAAGGAAAGUCAAAUGCAACGGGAAAAGGGAGUUUAUACAUUUAAGUACAAGGUUAUAGCUUUUAGCUUUCAAAUAAAAGUACUGUUAUCUUUUGUUCAGGAUUCAUCAGACGUGAAAUUAUGAAGAGAAUGUGAACGAAACAUCUCUCUCACUAAUACUUUUAAAAGUGCGGGAGGGUACGUACGGUUUCCAGUUCUCUGAAUGUCUGUACCUAAACCGUAGCUCUAUGGUUUGGGGUUGAGACCUGCUCCUGAGGCCUGUACUACGAAGCGAGUUCAACAUAUCCAGGACAUCUUUAGGUUUAUCUGGCUUCACUAACCCCUAACAUCCACGAUCACGCUAAACGGUCACAUGACGGUGGUUAUCAACCCGAGCCACGUUCAGCACCGACAAAACAUAGCAACGCGUUU